GUACAAAGUAAUUAAAUAUCAUACUCCAUUCCCAUGGCGCUCUCCACCACCAAGCUACUACUCGCUGACCUCGCAACUACUGUUAAACUGGUGCCUACCAACUACAUCAGACCAAUCUCCGACCGUCCAAACCUGAUUGAUGUUCAUGUAUCAAAUGUUUCCAUCCCUCUGAUCGACCUUCAGGACCUCCAUGGCCCCAACCGCUCUCAUGUUCUUAAACAGAUUGCCCUAGCUUGCCAACAUGAUGGUUUCUUUCAGGUUAAGAACCAUGGGGUUUCAGAAUCCACCAUCAACAACAUGCUGCGUUUAGCUAGAGAUUUCUUUUAUUUACCGGAGAGUGAGCGGUUGAAGAAUUACUCCGACGACCCGUCCGUCGCCAACCGGUUGUCAACUAGUUUCAACGUUAAGACGGAGAAGGUUGCCAACUGGAGGGAUUUUCUGAGACUCCAUUGCUACCCUCUCCAAGAUCACGUAAACGCAUGGCCUUCAAAUCCCCCAUCCUUCAGGGACGACGUAGCCGAGUAUUGCAGUAGCGUUAGAGGUUUAGUGCUACGACUGCUUGAGGCCAUAUCAGACAGCUUAGGGCUGAAGAGAGAUCAUAUAGAUAAGACCCUAAGCAAGCAUGGGCAACACAUGGCUUUAAACUACUAUCCACCUUGUCCACAACCAGAACUUACUUAUGGCUUGCCUGGCCAUACUGAUCCUAAUUUAAUAACUAUUCUUCUUCAAGAUGACGUCCCUGGAUUACAGGUUUUAAGAGAUGGCAAGUGGAUUGCUGUCAAUCCCAUUCGCAACACCUUCAUUGUCAACAUCGGCGAUCAAAUGCAGGUAAUUAGCAAUGAUCGUUACAAAAGUGUGCUCCAUCGAGCUGUUGUGAACUGCAAUAAAGAACGAAUAUCCAUCCCAACCUUCUAUUGUCCCUCACCUGAUGCUUUGAUAGGCCCUGCUACGGACUUGAUCGACGAUGAUCACCCUGCAGUGUAUCGAAGUUUUAGUUAUGGCGAGUACUAUGAAAAAUUUUGGAAGAGGGGACUUGCUAGCGAAUGCUGCCUCGACCUGUUCAAAACUUGUAUUCCAUAAUUAUCUAUUCUCAUGAAUUCAUAUUUUAAAGUCGAGAUUAGACGGAGUUGUCUUAUUCGACCUCCCAGAUAAUGUUAAUUACUAAAGCGUCUUAAUUAAGGUGCUAGAUGAUGGUAUUUCACCGUUUCAUAUACAUUUCCAUCUCUGCAAA